AUAAUGAAAGCCGGACAACUUCAGUUUUCGAACGAACAAAACUCUGAGAACAAGAAUAAAGAUUUAGAAGGCUUCUUUGAGAAUGAUGAUACUCAGACUAACGGAGAUUUGACCAAUCAAGAUAAAAGAAGUGAGCUUUCCCCAGAUGGAAAGUUAAAUAAUAAUCUUCCAGGGACAAAGCCUCUUCCUUUGAUCAGAGGAAAGCAUUCGCUUAACCCUGAUAUGAAAUUUGGGUGGAAGCCUAAUAUUGAUGUUGCAGUUCCACCUGUUCCUCUUUACUUUGACUUCUUAAAACAUCCUUAUGAAGAAUUCUCAGCCUGAUGAUAUUAUUACAACGGGUUCCGGCCGCAGACAAGUUUUCAGAUGCAUGAAGAAUAUGCGAAUAAGAAGUGUAACUCCUACACAUUUUCAUUUCCGAACCAUCAUAAGAUUGGUAAUUUCAAGUAUGAAGGAGCAUACGAAAAGCUACUUAAAUUCUGAAGUGAAGAGGAUGACAGAGAGUUUGUCGGAAUGAACCCUAUCCUAAUCAACAGUCAGUUCAGCUUUGACUCCAAAUUCGAAGGUGGUAACCUUGAUUUGGUACUAAAAGUUGAUAAUAAGAACAAUUACUUCAAUUGAUACCUUAGGCCUGAUUCUAAUUCCAAUGGGAAUACCCAUUGGUUUUAUUUUUCAGUGACUAAUAGGUAUAAGCACCAGAAGAUAACCCUCAAUAUUGCGAACAUGACUAAAUAUUCUAGCCUGUAUAACCAAGGGAUGACACCUAGUGUGUUUUCUCUGGAGAGAUACAAGCACAAGCGGACCAAAUGGCACCGAGUGUCUAACGAGGUUGAGUACAAGCGCAUCCUCAGGAGAGGCAGACCAUUUUACACUUUAGAGUUCGAGUAUGAAUUCGAAUAUGAUAAUGACACUGUCUGGUUUGCUACCUCUAUUCCUUAUACUUAUUCAAUGCUUUUGAAGUAUAUCAAAUCUAUUGAAGAUAGGAUAGUUAACCCAGUCAAGGAGAUAGAAGAGAAGUCAAAACUUGGAGGAAUGGCUUUUGGCGAAUACAUUAAACCAAAGAAAACACAUACGAAUUAAAAUAUGAGAAAUAAAGUCUUUAGGGAAAAGUUUAGGUGGGCUGAAUAUUCCAAUGAUAGAGAUUACUAAUUAUAACUGAUCAAAAGUUGACCUUGCUAGAAGAAAAAUUGUGCUCAUUUGUGGUCGAGUCCAUCCUGGUGAAGCCAAUGCCAGCUGGAUCACUCACAGAAUUAUCGGCUAUCUCCUUAGUAACUCCCAAAUCGCUAAGGGGCUCAGAGAUAGAGUCAUCUUCCAGAUUGUUCCAAUGAUCAACCCUGAUGGAGUUGUUCUUGGAAACCACAGGUGAUCACUCUUGGGCAGAGACAUCAACAGAGGGUUUGAACACCCGAACUCGAAGCUGGAGCCUGAGCCAUAUGCUAUGCGUAAGCAUAUCAAGAAGAUCCAGAAGGAAGCGAUUGAGUUUGGAAGGUUCAAUAAAAUACUAGCAUUUAUAGACAUCCACUCACAUGCUAACCGUAAAUCAAUCUUUAUGUACGGACCUCACUAUCCUUUACACUCCAGUAACUACAUGAAAAUUCGAGUUAUUCCCAAACUAAUGAGUGAACGAACCCCUAUGUUCCGUUUCUACUCAUGUAAAUUCAGAUCUGAGCAAUACAAAGAGAACUGUGCUAGGCUUUCUCUAUGGAGAGACUUCAAAAUUCAGACUAGUCUUACAAUAGAGAGUUCUUAUCAUGGCUAUUUAGAUGAAGAUAGAGACACCAAAGUCCUCAACGAAGCCAACCUCCAGUACUUUGGUCAAGCUUUCUGUCAAAGUCUCUUCGAGUACUUACUCAUUAUUGAGGAAAACCGCAAACAGAAACUUGCACUAGCCAAGAAGAUUUUGAAGAAGCGAAAGUUUCAGCGCAGAAGAACUGUCAGAGAAAUACUCGGCGUUGACCAAGAAGAAGAAUAUCACAUUGAUGACAAGCCUGACUCCAAUGCAGAAGUGUCACUGAAGUCACGUAAACGCACCACCAAGACCAAGUCACCACGCAAGAGAGACGACAACUUGGAUUCAUCGAGAUCGCACAGUCAAAGCAACAAGUCGCAAGGCAAGCAAGAAGAGAAGUCACAGAAGUUGCCAGAUUUAGAGAUCAGCAAGAUGUUUGUGCAGUCAUCGAGUCCAUCAGUGGAGAGGGGGCUGGAGGAGUCUGAGGCAGAUCCACAACUGCAGACACAGAAUCCCAAUGAAGCUGAGUUCUUCAAGAAAUCUGAUAAGCAAACAAUUAAAAGAGAAAGAAGCGAUCUCAUCAAGAGAGUUAGCCCUAAUCUUGAAAAUAGUUUACAUAAAAACUCACUAUUCGACAAGAGGAAAGAUAAAUCCUUUAAUAGCAACAAUAAAUCUAAAGAUUCAGAAUCAUGAUUUUCGAGUAGCGAUGAUGACCUGGAAAUAGAAUCUUCAAGCUCAACUCCUACUGCAAGUGAGGAUAUUUUAGAUCCGAAAUUCUGUUCUCCAAAAUACGAUCAAACUCAAGAAAACGAAGUUGAAGAAAGCUUCAGCGAAUCAUUUGAAGAAGUAAUAUUAGGCAAGCCUCAAGGAUAUGGACUACUAGCCCUCCCAAAUGGAAUAAUAAUGGAAUAUGAAAUACCAGAAUGUUCAAAAAGAAAUAAAGGAAAUCUAAAGAGACUUGAUAGCCUCUUCUCAAACUUUGACCGACUUUCCCAAAAGGAUGAAUCUUCUAAGAAUUUUACUCCAAUUCAAAGGAACCUAUCAAGCCUCAAAGAAAAGGAGGAUAACCAGUCUAGUACGUAUAAAAAUGUGGGAGGACUUUCGGCUAUCAAGGAAAGACAUGAUCUUGAGAAUUCUAAUUCCAGUGAGAUCAUGGACAAACCAAUCCGAUCCCUCAGAGAACUCUAUACUGGCAUCAAGAAGGACAUGAACAAGAGAAAGCAGAUUAAGAAAAAGAAAAGAGAGGAAGUUAAAGACCUUGAUUCUAGCGAAGAAAGCUUCUCUACCUGUCAAGAGGAGGAUUAUGAGAUAGACACUUUUCAAAAGCAAAUCCUUGAAGAUAAAGUUUAUAAACUUAUCACCCACUGGAACGACAUUGAUUAUAUCAAGAACCACCAUGAGGCAUUCUGAAGUCCUGAGAAAAAGCUCAAGAUUGAGGAAGAAAAACGAGCUAAGAAAAAAGCUUCUUCCAAGAAGAAAUCUGUAAAGCCGAAAAUAAUUGAUACACCAAAAUAAAGUAGAUCCACCUAUCACUAGAGAGAAGAAGGUGAUUAAGCCAGCCAAGACUAGUAAGGUUAGAUCUGUAACUAAGCCAAAAAAGAGAUUUAUCAAGGGGGAAGCUCAUAUGUUUAGAAGUCCAGUGAUGAUUCAAGAUGCAAACAGAGCGACAUAAUUCUCUUUACUAACUCUCAUUUUGGUGUUUCACACACCAAAC